AUGAGGGAUCAGGAGUUAAAGAAGGCACAGGAUAGCAUCAAGUCCAGAGUUGAUCAGGUUGUUGAUUGUGGCCUGUGGAAUGUUGGUCCACUCCUCUUCAAUGGCUGUGUGAAGUUGCUGGAUAUUGGCAGGAACUGGAACACACUGUCGUAUACGCCGAUCCAGAGCAUCCCAAACAUGCUCAAUGGAAGAGCAGAAAUGGCUGAUGGUAUUUAUGACGAUGUGAUCAGGACUGAGUCUGAGAGAAUGAACACAGACAGAAUGGAGAUGACAGUGGAAAUCUAUGAGAGUGCAGAAUGUGUGAGAGAUCAUGACUUCAGGACAGAGACAAACACACACCAACCACUUCAGCGUACAGGAAGUGAUUAUGUGAAGAUCAGAAGCUCCAGAGCAGCUGCAGUGUGUUUGGUGCUGCUGUGUGUUCUUCUGCUGACUGCAGUCAUAGUGCUGUGUGUCACGUUCACUCUAGAGAGACGACAGUUAAUAUCCAAGAAUGAAAACCUGACCAAUGAGAGAGACCAGCUACUAACUAACAUCACCAACCUCUCAGAAGAGAGAGAUGGGCUGAAAAUAAAGAACAAAAACCUGACCAAUGAGAGAGACCAGCUACUAAACAAGAACACAGCCUUGACAAAUGAUAGGGAUGAAUUAACUAAAGAGAGAGACCAGCAACUAAACAUGAUUUCCAACCUCACAGAAGAGAGAGACCAGCUACUAAACAAGAACAUGGCCUUGACAAAUCAAAGGGAUGAAUUAACUAAAGAGAGAGACCAGCAACUAAACAUGAUUUCCCACCUCACAGAAGAGAGAGAUCAGUUACUAAACAAGAACAUGGCCUUGACAAAUCAAAGGGAUGAAUUAACUAAAGAAAGAGACCAGUUCAAUCAGGAGAGAAAUGAACUGUGGAAGAUGCUCAAUGAAAUGGGUGGAUAUAUUUAUCAAUCCAGUUUUUACUUCAUUUCCUCUGAGAAGAGGAACUGGGCUGAGAGCAGAAGAUACUGUACAGAGAGAGGAGCAGAUCUGAUCAUCAUAAACAACAGAGAGGAACAAGAGUUUGUUAAAAAGAUGCCUGGUGGUACUGGAGUCUGGAUUGGUCUGACUGACAGUGAUGUGGAGGGCAGAUGGAAAUGGGUUGAUGGCAGCGCACUGACCUCUGGGUUCUGGGCGUUUGGAGAACCAAGUGGAUAUAAAAGAGAGAACUGUGCUGUGUUAUUUUCAUCAGGGUGGCAUGAUUAUCUCUGUAAUGAUGCUUUUAAAUGUAUCUGUGAGAAAAAUAUUUAAAAAAUGAGCAAUUAAAUUAAAUAUAUUUUAAAUUAUACUCAUAACUACUACAAUAUGUGAAAUGUGUUGUAACUGAGUCAAGUUUCUUAAAAUUCUCAUCAUCAUAGCUGUAAAUAAUGGCAGUAACUACU